GAUUGGCGGCUGAAGGAGUGACAGGCUGACCGUUACCAGCUUCGAUGGCGUGGAACAAGCAAUGCAGGACUAAUCCAUCAGUCCCGUCGUGCUCUACCGUUCCACUGAGCCUCCUGGUCUUACUGCUCGCUGGUCCUAGCACAGCUGGACCGCCCCGACCAGCACGUCCUCCACUGCUGUCCGGACAGCCUUUUAUCAUUUUCUGGGCCAUCCCCGAUUCCUCCUGCUCCGCCAGGCCAGACCCUGGAUCUUUUGGAAUGGAACGUGAAGGCCGGGUGGUGGUCUUUUUCGAGGACACGCUGGGAAACUACCCGUAUUUCCUCCACGCGGCGUUGCCCGCCCCCAGGUACCUCGGGCUGGGGGUGCUGAGAUGGUCCGAGUGGCCACCCCAGUGGCUGAGAAACAGGGAGAAGAAGGCCGUUUAUCAGGCAGCUUCCCGGAACCUCCUGAAGGCGUUCUUCCCUAACUGGACUCCUGAGGAGGUGGAGAAGUGGUCACAGACAGGAAGACGGCAACAAAGCAGAGAAGAAAAACAUCAAGAAGCAAUGGGAGAAAGGAAGGGAAAAAAAAGGAGGAGAGGACACAGAAAAAGAAAAUAUCCCAGCAUCUCUCCUCCGUGGUUUUGAUGCAAAGACAGUCGCCAUGGCAACACAGCAGUCCAACUGUAGGCGCCUUUCCCUCUCCGCCCCCUCGCUGCCUGCUCUGCUUGCCAACAAGGUACACAAGCACCCGCCGACGCCGACUGCUCGGGAUUUGUUGUCCCCAGCAUCCCCAGCGGCUCACCUGGCGUCGAUGCGAUCUCAAGGAUUCUCGCACGGUUACGCACAAAAACAGUUCGGAAUUGGUACAAAAAUAACGUCUUUUAGGUUACAGUAUUUCCUUGAAUUGCCACCGGAUAUAUAGUAUGCACCUGCCUUGAAUUACUGCCGGGUCUUUGAUUGAUUGAUUGAUACUUUUAUUAGUAGUUUGCACAGUACAGUACAUAUUCCGUACAAUUGACCACUAAAUUGACCACUUUACGUCUCGCCUCGACUACUGUAACGUAUUAUUUUCGGGUCUCCCCAUGUCUAGCAUUAAAAGAUUACAGUUGGUACAAAAUGCGGCUGCUAGACUUUUGACAAGAACAAGAAAGUUUGAUCACAUUA